GAGAAGCAGAAGCCCAACUUUGCCAAUUCAGGACGCUUAGCAGCAGAGAGCAACACGGUCGAUGUCAAUGGAGGAAAGGUGGUUCUCAAAUACCAUGAACCCCCCGAGGCACGCAAACCUCCGGCCAAGGAACCAUGGCGUCUCUACGUGUUCAAAGGAGAUGAUCUUUUAGAAGUGGUGGAGUUAUACGAGCGUAGCUGUUGGCUUGUCGGAAAAGAACGAAUGGUGGUAGAUUUUCCCCUGGAACAUCCAAGCUGCUCCAAGCAACAUGCGGCCAUUCAGUUCCGUUAUGUCGAGAAGAGAAAUGAGUUCGGGGACCGGAUUGGAAAAGUGAAGCCAUAUCUUAUUGAUCUCGAGAGUGCCAACGGUUCCAGUUUGAACGGCGAAGCGGUCCCGGCGGCACAGUAUGUGGAAAUACAGGACAAGGACGUGCUACGAUUUGGGUUGAGCUCUCGAGAAUACGUGAUGCUACUGCCUCCUCCUGAA